GACGCAUCGUACGGUCUUGCGCGUCAUGUCUUACAGAUUCAAAACGCAACGAAAUUUCUACUAGUAUCAUAGAUAGAUAAACUCAUACUGACUGUGUUAGUUUGAAUUCUACUACACAAGAAUUUUUCUAUCUUUAGAGAUUUAAUCUUCUUUGUUUUACAGUAUGAAAUAAGUAUUUUUGCUUAAUAAAGCGAUUAAAGGCAAGGGACAAAUUGUUGUGAGGAAUAUUAAGUAAUUGUUCGCGUAUUUAAAAUUUGUAUGAUUGAGAACGUAUAAAAUAUUGAGUGAAAAGAAAAUGGAUUCAUCAUGUUCUGAACGAGAUCCUUCUAUCAUUUCCAAUGUCACAAGCUCAGGAACUCCCUCCAAACGUUAUAAACAUGAUCGGUCGUUGCAAAGCAGCUCAACUUCAUUUCCGUCAAUAAAUGACGGUGAAAACGAGAAUGACUCUUACAGUUUAAUAUCGUUUUUAAGACGUUUGGUUCAUCAAAAAUAUUUCAAUUAUUUAUACGCGGAUGCAGGCGUCGUUUUAGCACUGUUCCAUAGUCUUAAUAAUGCCGAGAAACUAACAAUACUUCGCUUACAAGAUUUAUCGGAUCUUGUUCGAUGGGAACCUUUUAUUAUAUGGCAGGGAGGUGACCGAAAAUCAACAAUAAAAGUUUUGAACCAUCUUCGUAGCCUACGAAUCGUUACAAUUCAUCAGCAUGGGAGCACUAGCAGUGCGUCUGGUUCAUUGCACAAAACUAACCCAACCCAUUCAAAUAACAAUCCUUCAUCUCCUUCAUCCUCUGUCGUCAAAUCUCAACAAAGAAAUGCUCAAACCUGCUCUAAUACUGGAGCUGCUAUUUCAACUUGCAAUUCAUCUAUUUCCGGGAAUAACAAGCAAGUUAAUAUCGCGGAUAUUCGUUAUCAACUUCAUCCUGUAUUUCAAAAAACAUUAAAGGUUUUGUUGUGCAAAGGCCUUUCCUCAAUACCUGUUACUCAAGGAAAGUUACCCAAGCAUUUUCCUACCCGUGAAACCCUUCACUCGCAUGCUAUAUCUCAUUGGAACCAUCUCAUUCAAUGGUUGAUUCAAAUAUCGUUACAUCCUGAUGUUUCUUUCGAUGCUUCGUCAUCUCCACCGGUCUUGCUUAACAAAGAUCUGUUAACUGUUUUAAAGCGUCUAAAUCUUUGUGAUGUUGAUGUUGCACUUGAAAACAUAAAUGUGCACAUAUCGAAUAAUGUGCAAACAAACGAAUCACAGCAUAACAAGUCGUUUCAAUGGCUUCUUAACGAUCGUCGACAGCAAGUUUUGUCUCUGUGUACUGAAUAUGUAAAAGCUUUACACUAUGGUCUUUUCACUUCAACUGACAUGGAUACGUCAGUAUCAACGAAUAGACAGCAAGAUUCACCAGGUAUCCCUUCUAUUUUAACAACACAAACGCCACCUUCUUUUUCAAAUGAACUGGCAUCUCGUCAAACACUUGAAGUUUUAUGCCUUCUUUUUACCUUAUCUGAUGUAGCUAUAGGUCAACCUUGUUCGCUCGGUAUAUUGACCGUUUCCCAAAAACGAUUUAUAGAAUUUGCUCAAAGUAUUGGAUUAGUAUGGCUAUAUAAAAAUAUAGGUUCCAAGCAUUUUUUUCCGACACCCUUAGCAAAACUUUUACAAACAUCUUCAUGUAAGGCGUUUGGCUUCAAAAAUGAACCACCAUUAUUUUUGUCUGCUAUUACAUUUUUAUUAGCUUUCUCUUUUCAUAUCUUAUCCAGUGUAUCAAAUUUGACUGCUUUUUUACGCCCUCUUAACAAAAUUGAUUCCGAAAAAGCUUCUGACACAUCUUCUUAUCCUUUCAACACUCCAGAUCAUUGUCUAUCUAUUCCUUCAGAGUUGUAUCACAGUGCUUACAGUGAAUUUUUUGCACAGGAAGAAAAAAAAAGCGGAGAACAAAUAAAUCAACAAUCUCGAGUGGACGAAUAUGGAAUUAUUGUCGAAUCUAAUUUUAAAAUUUAUACAUAUGCACCUUCAACCUCGUUCCUACCUAUUUUAAUUGGACAACUGUCUGAAGUUCAAAUGAUCAUGCCAAACAUGAUUGUUUCAACGGUUUCUAGAAACAGCAUAAUGAAAGCUUUGAAAGAAGGCGUUAAUGCAGAGCAAAUUAUUAAUUUCUUUGCAACCCAUGCGCAUCCCUCAAUUUAUUCAAACGCUUAUUCUAGUGGUACUUUUUUUUUGUUUUGUUAUUUCAAUAAGUAUAUGUGUCUUAUAGGAAAACCUUUGGUUCCUAGCAAUGUUUCUUGUCAAAUUCGAAUUUGGGAAAGUGAACGUCGCCGUGUUCGCAUGACUCCUGCUUGCUUAUUCGAAUUUUCUAAAGAUAGUGAUCUUGACAUUUUUUCAUUAGCUGUAAACCGCGCUCGUAGUGGCUGGUUACUUAUGAAUUCUGAAACUCCUUCAUCAUCAAACGUGUUAUCUAAAGCGUUUCGUACAUGGAAAGAAGAACUUUUAGAAAAAAAAAAUUCUCCUACAAAAACACAUAACAAAAACUUAUCCUGGCCUCCUGUAUUAGCUAUACAUAAGCAGUAUAAAGAAAAUCUUAUUCAAUAUAUUCGAAAUGCAACGGGUAUUUUUCAUCACCAAACAAACGUUUAAUUAAUAAACA